AUGGACUUCGACUGGUCUACGCCCUUUCCGGAAGGAGUCAUCUCCUUCCUUGACACCGACUUGUACAAGCUGACCAUGCAAUGCGCCGUCUUCAAGUGGUAUCACGACAUUCCUGUCACAUACGCUUACACAAACCGCACGCCCGAGAAGAAACUCUCAAGGAAGGCAUUCAAGUGGCUCGAGCUACAGAUCAGCAAACUCGGCAAUAUUUCGCUCUCCGACGACGAGCUUCGUUACCUGCAGAAGCACUGCUCAUACUUGACUGCCGACUACCUCCAUUUCCUCAAAGAUUUCCGCCUCUCGCCGCGAGAACAAGUGACCCCGACUUUCACCCCCAUUGGCGAAGACAGCGGCAGCGACGAUGUUCUCGGAGACGUCCACCUGGAUAUCCGCGGGAAAUGGGUCGAUACCAUCCUCUACGAGAUUCCCCUCCUCGCGCUCACAUCUGAAGCCUACUUCAAGUUUAUGGACAAGGACUGGAACUACGACGGACAGCAAGAGAAGGCUUUCGAAAAGGGAAUCAAGCUAUUGGAAGCUGGCUGUGUAACAUCAGAGUUCGGCACCCGCCGACGUAGAGAUUACCACACUCAGGCCUUGGUCUUCCGUGGCUUUGUGCAGGCAAGCAAAGCAGGGCAAGAACGCGGUCUUCCCGGCAAGAUCUCAGGAACCAGCAACGUCCAUUUGGCGAUGCGAUUCAACCUCCCACCUGUUGGCACCGUCGCUCACGAGUGGUUCAUGGGUAUUGCUGCCCUUACAAACGAUUACCCAAUUGCUUCGGAAGAGGCGCUUCGGAGAUGGGUUGGCUGUUUCGGAGAGGGUACAUUAGGCAUAGCUCUGACCGAUACGUUUGGCACGCGAGCUUUCCUAGAGGCUUUCAAGAAGCCCAUCAACUAUCUGCCAGAAACGCCCAACAUUUCUCAAGCCAAGCAGAGCAACAGCUCGCCCAGAUCUUAUGCUGAAGUCUUUGCCGGUGUUCGCCAGGACUCAGGCGAUCCGGCUGACUUUGUCAAGAUGAUGCGAAAGUUUUACGACGAACAGGGUAUCAAGGACAAGAAGACUGUAGUCUUCUCAGAUUCGUUGGACGUCGAAAAGUGCAUUCACUACAAGAAAAUAUCCGAGGACGCUGGAUUCCAACCCACGUUUGGUGUUGGCACGUUCCUCACAAAUGACUUCAUACAGUUGAGUACCGGCAAGAAAUCAGUGCCGCUGAAUAUUGUCAUCAAGCUAAGUUCAGCUGCUGGCAACCCGGCCAUCAAGAUAAGCGACAAUCUUGGGAAGAAUACUGGUGACUCCGCCAAGGUGGCUGAAGUCAAGAAGGUUUUGGGGUACGAGGAGAAGGCAUGGGCAGGAGGCGAUGAGACUUCGAGGUGGGGCAAGUGA